UUACGUCAGUUAAGGGAGAUUAUUAUUACAAUGUCGUCGAUUGGGUAUAUUGCCUCCGAAGGAAAACAGAUAUUUGAACAAAUCUUUAAUAUGUUUGAUGACCUUAACUCUGAACACAAAUGUUUUGGAAUGCUCAAACGAUAUGACUUGUUAAUGGAACCCAGAGAAUUUUUAAUUAGUAACGAACUACGUGCAGGCGUGUCGCAAAACAAACAAGAAAUCAGCAAUGAUCCCGUAACUGGUUUAUUGAUGCCUAUCAAGUUUCACAUGAAAAAAUAUCUCGAAGCUGAUAAUGUUUUGGAAACAAUUUUGAAAUACCUCGAGCCUUCUAGUGAUGGUUAUAUCCGCAGUUUCGUAGAUGGUACGAUUUGGCAGGAGAGAGUUAACAAUCUCAAAUCCAACGUGGGCGCAAAAAUAGUGCUACCAUUGAAUUUAUUUUUCGAUGAUUUCAAAACAGGAGACACCGCUUCGCCUCACGCCACUCGAACCUCUAUCUGUGGGAUAUAUUAUUAUAUUCCUAGCCUGCCAGGUUAUUUACUAGCGAAACUUGCCAACAUGCAUUCUCAUUGACAUGCUAAUUGAACUAGAGACAGACGGUAUUGAAAUCAACUACAG